GCUGUGUGAGGUUGUGAACGCGCUGCUACUGAACACCAGUUAUCUCCUCUCUACUGGAAGGUUGCUCUCUUGUCCCUGCUCAAGUUCUCGUCAUUGUGGCUGCGCGAUGGCGCUGCUUCACCGCUUCGUGAAGCUACACGACCGUGGCAACACGCACGUCUUCAGCUUCGUGGUGACACGCAGCGUGACGCGAGACCUUCACCGCGACGUUACGAGCAAAGAACUCACCUAUGGAUAUCAACGCUGGGCAAUAACGUUCUCGAGAACCGACAAGCUUCUCGGUGUGUACUUAGUAUGGCGCAACCCCUGCGACGGCAUGAGGGUAUACAUCGACUUUACCUUCACCAUACUCAACCGCGAACACUUCAGUGUCAACGAAGCCUUUACGGGGAAACAAGUCAAAUUUACAUUAGAUUCCCCUGCCCAAGGCAACCGGCGUCUUAUCACGAUGGAUGAUCUCUAUUCGAGGAAUUUUACGGACGAAAAUGGUGAAUUUCAGUUGGAGUUGACCGUCGCCAACAUCAGGACCGUUUAUGAAACGGAGCUACGGAUUCCGGCCGCUGCAAACGGCACUAUGUCUCCCAGGAAAGAGAUAAAGCUGGAGUCUCCGUACUUCCACUUCGGCCACUACGACUGGCACGUCGCUGUGAGCAGCAGCUCUGGGCUCCAGGGCAGACCCUCCGUCACCCUACGACGGCUCACGGGGUUUGAUCAUCAGUGUAGGGUGAGAUAUUUGGUUGUGCUGGGAGAGGCAGACAAGAGGGCCGACUCUGGAAUUUUGGACCAGCUUUCUGACCAGGAAGGACGGACUCCAGGCUGGACGUGCUCCAGGAAUAGGAUGCUCGACCUCGUCCAGAAAGAUAAACUAAGACUGUACUUCGAGAUGAUUUUAGCCAACACAACAAGCGAGGUGAAGCUGCAACCCGUGGCUAGUCACGUCACUCCAGUCCAGUGCUACGACCGCGACAAGCAGGCCUGGGCUCUCGAGCCUGACUUGCACUCCGACAUGUUGCGCUUCCGUAUCGUCUACAACGCAAUCCACAAUGUCCCUCGCAACCAUCUCAGGUACGUGUGUUGGAACGCAUACCUGCUACGUCGCGCGUCCCGUGGCCUGGUGGACAGCGUGUGCCUGAGCAACGGUCCCUUCAGCAACUACUACGCCCAGGAGAGCAGCGAUGACGGCAUCAUCAUGGAGAGUGACAUCCCUGUGUCUGAGGUGCGUGAAGGCACGAGUCAGUACGUGGAUGAGCGCAAGGAAGUAACACUGCAGGUGGAAUGGGUAGAGUCGCUCCUGCUCUUCCAGUCAACCUACAGUAAAUACGAUGACGUCACACGCAUGCACAACUUCCAAAUGAGGCGAGAAAUCACUGCUUUGGAGGCUGAGAACUACAGCUUGGAAAGACAGUUAUUCAGUUACCAGAAAAGUUUAGCGUACACUCAAUCUCGAGGCCCUAGCUAUGUUGAAGAUGCUCGUUCCUACCCGCCGGAAAGCCAUCCAAAUUACCCGGAGGAAACUGCUCAAAAUGAGUACCAAGAGGGAGCAUCUGACGCACGAGGAAGUUACUUUUUACGACCGGCCGCGGACGCUUCUGGAUACCAAACACCUAACCUAAGUUAUGCGCCGGAACACGGAGCCGAGUAUCUCCGGCCGACCACGCCUAGUUUCCAACCUGGUGAACAAGUUUUCCAGUCUGGUGUUUACGCUAACGGUAAGAGAGAUUACGAUGGGCGUGACUACACCACUCUUGCAGGCACUAAAGCCAAUUUUGAUGCUAGGGAAUUCCAAAACAACAAGAAAGAAGCAGAAGGUCGAGACUUUGGCAACACCAAGAGAGAAUACGAGGCUCGUGACUUCAAUCCACGAGCUUUCGAGUACGAAAACUAUGACGGGAAUUUCCCUCCAGAAUCUGAUUUCGCUUGAGGGAAAAUCGAAACAUAGUUUAAUGUAAAUAAAUAUUUUCUUUAUAACUAUCAACAAAAAGAAUCUUAGAUGGGCAUCAUGUUUAUUCUUGGUUCCUCAAAUGUGGCAUUUGGAUUCGAAGUACAAAGCAAGGCUAGAACAUGCACACGGUUGAGAGUUCUCUGAGAAGUGCGCGUUCAGUUCUAGCAAUAGCAUUAGUGACUUUUAAUGAUUAUGUUCCCCAAAGUAAGAAUAUAGUACGAAUCUCAAGAUCAGAACUCAAAUGUCAACGAUCUAUCAUAGCAAGGAUAUUUUAUCAGUAAAAUAAUCAUCUAUCGUAUAUUUCCUAGAUAUCGUAUCUACACAGUAUAUAGCCAUCUAGGAUAUAAUAAGCUAUAGCCAGAGAAAAUUAUUUUUAGUCUAAGAAUCAGAUAUUCACCGCAAAUAUUAUGGACUGGCUAGAACGUAUAACAGGCGCACAACUUUGCUCUGCUCGUUUUUCAGUGUCGUAUUCUUUUGUGUGUUGGGUGCUACAGCUGUCCUCCUGUAAUAUAUUUAUUGGCUCCUAGAACCUUUGAAAAUGCACCAACUUCCUCUUUGAUUUUGCUUACGGUACUUAUUUUGAAUGGUUAGAGUCCGGUAAUUAAACUUCAAUCAGCAUACCCUAUGCGCUUAAUCGUACGAACCUUUACAUUACGUAGUAGCAGUGCUUAAAAUAAGAAGUUCCAAAAUCGCUGCAAUUUAGGCUUAUAGGAGAAGAGAAAGAGGGAAUCUGUUUUCGAACUUUCUUCUCCUACAUUCAAACAUUGUAGAAAGAAUUACAGGAUUUUUGUUUUAUCCUAUGCAUUAACAAUAACUGCUGUUAUUUAUUCCAAACGCCUAGAAGUAGAAGAAAUGUACGAAUAACGAGGUACUUUGAAUAUAUUAGUUUUUUCCAAAGUUAAUUUUUAUUUGAAGUAUUUUUUACAAUUAUUUUAAUUACUAUUGAUUUAGGCCCAAAAACCUAUAUGUUUACCCAUACCCCGAUUCCACGCGAAAAUAUUAGUUUAAUAGUCAUGACAAAUAUUCGCAUGACACAUAUUGAGAAUAGUCAUGACAAAUUCUCGAUCGCAUCCUAAACGAUUGUCAAUUGUCCUCACGAGUCAAAUUGUAUCCAUAACAGAUGAGGGUGAAUAUUCGAAAUCAGUCUUCCUUCUGUUCCAUCUUUCACGUCGGCAUUUAAGGACCCAACAUUAUACAGUAGAUAGGUUCAGCUUACUAAAUUUGUUUUAAAUAUUACCAUUCUUGAAGCUACCAAUAAACCUCUGUUAAGAUAAAAAUAGCUCGUUUUUAAAGUAGAUAUCAUUAAGGAUCAGCGUUGCGUCCCAACCUAAGACAACUUGUUCGUAUCAAAAUAUUUAUCAUUGCAUGCCCCCCUUGCCCUAAAAACUUGUUUGAGGACCGAUCCAAAAACCAAGUGACGCGAGAUCCGGGCGCGUUCAGUGGGAUAAGUUCGAACGUCAAACAACCAAAUAA